AUGCUUAUUCCAAGAGAAGAAAGAAAGAAGAUUCACCAAUACCUCUUCCAAGAGGGUGUCGUCGUUGCCAAGAAGGACUUCAACCAACCAAAGCAUGAAGAAAUUGACACCAGAAACUUGUUUGUCAUCAAGGCUUUGCAAUCCUUGACCUCCAAGGGAUUCGUCAAGACCCAAUUCUCAUGGCAAUACUACUACUACACCUUGACUGACGAAGGUGUCGACUUCUUAAGAACCGAAUUGAACAUCCCAGAAGGUAUCUUGCCAUUGACCAGAUUGAAGAACGCCCCAGCUGAGAGACCACAAAGAGGUGGUUUCAGAGGCCCAAGAAGAGGUGGUGCUGAAGGUGGUUACAGAAGAAGAGCUCGUGAUUAA